AUGGGAAGAAGCUCCAACGAUGAGUUAUAUGAGAUUCUUGAUGGCUGGUGCCGUAUUGCAAGAGACACGAGAGGAAGUACGCUUUGUUUGGAAGAUCUGAUCCGCACCAUCACCUGUGAGAGUGUAAUUCGUACUGGCAAGAAUGAUACAGAUGAAGCAUACCAAGUCUUCAAGGAUCUGCUCGAAACAACUAACAUCGACGGUGAGCGUAUUGUGUCUUUAAAGCCUUUUACGGAGCUGUUGUAUCACGCUCAACAGAAAAUGCUUUGCUUUGCAGUAUCACAGAAUGCAAACUUUUUAUUUGUUCCGCAAGAGGCUGGGCAGAACGACUUGGUUUGUGUUCUUUAUGGUUGUAGUAUCCCAGUGGUGUUGCGUCCAAGGAGUGGUGGAUUCUACUCAUUCGUUGGCCAAUGCUAUGCUCUUGGCUUUAUGCGCGGCGAGGCAAUCGAAGGCUUAAGAAAUGGAAAGUAUAAAAGCGAGGAAUUCGAACUGCAGUGA